CUCGUAAUUGCCGCGGAAGCCUACGCCUAUGGGGACAAGGCUAUGCCUUCGUACAGCGCCAUCGCGAACCUUCGACAGCAGUUUCUCGCUGUCGACCCGGAGCGCGGGUGCCGUCGUUGCGUAUGCGCUGUUUACGCCUCAGGCCUGCGUCGGUGUCUUGUGUUUUCAUCGGCUCGCGAGCCCGGGCUGCGCACAAGCUUCAGGCUCUCAUUAAUCGCGAGGUCCCUGUACGUGCUUCCCGCACCGCCCGCCGAGGCUGCGCAAUGGCAAAGUCCCGACCCUACUCACCGAGGUGGCGUUACGACUGCCUCUUCUGGGCGGGACGCGUAUGCGCCCACUCAGGACGGAUAUCCCGCCCGGAGAUUAGAAUGAAUGGCUUCCGCGACCCGUUCUGUCAUCUCAUCACGGCGACGCUUUACGAAUGUCCGGUGCGCUGUUCAUGCCGGUCGUUCACGGUCUGCGUUAUCCCACGUUCACCGAUCGCUCACGCACGUAAUCGCAGCGGCGCGCCCAUCUCUCGCCCCAGGCAGACCGAGUAC